CUCCAAGCAGAGGUUACGCUCAGUCGGGCUUGUUUUGGCUGGUUGGCUGGCUAGCAGAGGCGAACAAAAAAGUCUGACGAAAUAGGCAGCUCGAUAAAAAUACGUUCAAAAUCAGCCGGAGUCUAACCUCUGCUCAGAGAGUGCGAUUGCUAUAUACAGGUAGACGGGGCCAAUGGUCAAGCGUUCAAAAAGACAUGGCCAGCAAAAGUGUAUUAACUUAGCCAAAAAAAAGACGGAAAAGGGCCCCAGAGAGCAUGCUAUGGAGGCUAAAUAUCAACAGCAAACGGUAAAGGUCGCCCUCCCUUUCCUAAAUGCUGGUGGCAAUCUCCCACGACCCACCUGAUAACCUGUUGGACGGCUUCUGACACAGGGUGUUGUUUGUAUCGCACAAGCACUGACGAGCAGACAACAUAGUCAGUACCUGCGCAUUCUGGUGUAGUAGGGUGGGACCUUAGCUCGUUCCAACUAAACCUUUCUUCCAAACUUACCGUUAAUGUUAAGCAUGCCAAAUGGCUGUUCAUUAGUUUAGAAGUGAAUCCUUGAGGUGAAAUACAUCAAAAGGGGCGCAACAUGGCGAGACCGGAGUGGAGUGAUUGGGACAAUAAUGACAAGGAGGUUUUGGGUCAUAUAGCUAUGACUCAAGACAACGAGGACAACCAGAGUCUCCAGUGGUUAUUCUCACGUCUUCAGGGAAACCCCACAGUCGACGGAGAAUUUGAUGAGGAAGAGAGGGAAAAACUUCAACUGGAACAGCUGAAAGAAGAGCCCAAGAACUUGCUGUUAGCAGGAGAGGGGCUGUUUUUAGCCCUGCUGUCCGGAGUGAGUUUGUCGAGUUCGUCCAUUUUGGCCCGACUGGCGGCCAACUCAGGAGUGCCUGACAUGCAGGUGGUGUUCUUUAACGAACUGGCGGCGUUUAUACUGUUUGUCCCACUGGUGUUGGCGUGCAGAGGACCCCUUCUGGGAGAGAACUGGAAGCAUACGGGCCUACUUUUUCUCGCAGGUGUCGGUCGCACGUUCGUGACGAUAUGGUUCUACGUGUCGGUGUUCUACAUCCCUCCCGGCAAUAGUUUCGCCAUCCAGCGGGGCGCCACACCGCUGUUCGCCGCUCUCAUGGCGCUUGCCUUCCUCGGGGAGAAGCCCGGAUGCGCCAGCUCCAUCGGCAUCAUCCUCAACCUCAUCGGCGUCGUCUUACUCACACAGGGGCCCAAUUACGGCUGGGAGGAGCUGGACAAGACGCUCGGCAUCACUCCGGGGGAAGAACCGCACGUCUCGCCUGUUCUCAUCGGGAACGCGCUGGCCAUCGUAUCGGCGCUGGGACUCGCGGCGGUUAACGUGGUGAGCCGGGGACAACUCGCCAGCACUCCCCUAUUAACCGUGCUGUUCUGGAUGGAGUCGCUGGGAGUCGCCAUCACGUUACCGCUCAUGUACGUGUUUCCUAAGAAACCCGUGUGGGACCUGGAGGGAAAUGUGUACGGCUACCUCACCGGGGCCGGGUUCAUCUACACGGUCGGCAUCGCGUGUCUGUACCGUAGUCUGAAGCUAGAGAAAACCGCGACUGUGGCCCUCCUGCGCAACGGGAACGUCGUGUUGGCGUAUCUGAUGCAGGUUUUCAUUCUGCAUAUCACACCGGCGGGAAUGGAGAUAGCCGGGGCGGUGUUGGUGCUGAUCAGCACGGCCAUAGCCACCAUGGUCACGUGGCUGCAGAACUGGCGGGAACGCUCGGAGGAGGUGCGGCAGAGACUGGAGGCCGAGCUGGCCGACAGGAAGAGAUCACUGGGGAACGGGAGUUCCCGAAAGAGCCGGACUUCCAGAGGCAGCAACCCGAACAGCAGUAACGUUGUAGAAAAUGACGAACAAAGGGAUUUGCUCAUAGAAAAGUAGGGGAUAUAGUUAGAGAAAUAGCUACACGAAUAUUAAGACUGAAUGCAACUACAGGACUCUUCAAAGACAGUAGAGGCCGAACACAGUGGAUAAUGAUGAUGAUAUAGAACGUUAGCAAAUGACUAGAGGCGAAAGAGGCAACAGACAAUCGGAGUGUCUCCACAUCUACCCUCCAUGUACUAAUAUUUAUUGCGUAACAUCGGGCAUAAGAGCACUUGAAGCUACAUGUAUAUACUUAAUAAUUGACGGAAAAUUUGUGCAGACUUUGUUUUAUAAGGAGCAAAAAUGUAAGGAUUAUAGUUUAACGUGUCUAAUACAGACUAAAAGGAUUUAUUGAAUUCCUUAAGGAGACUUGGUCGCAAGGCAGAUGUUUUGCACUUGCGCCAUCUCAUCUGGUCAGAUACUAAAUGUCAAGAUUAAACUCGAACACGCUUCCGUA